CGGUUACAGUCAAGGCCAUCGACCUCAGCAACACCUCCUCCGCCUACUAUACCCCGGCGACAAUAUCCUCCAAGCUGAUGCACAUCUCCGGACAGCCAGGCAGUACGAAGAAUAGCUUUGUCCCCGCCGACUACGAAUCUCAAAUCCAUCUUGCCCUGUUCAACCUGCGCAAGAUCCUCCUCAAUGCCGGCGCGUCGGUCAAAGACAUCGCCAAGCUCACCUUAUUCAUCGUCAAUUAUGACGCGUCAAGGAGGAAGCACACAAGACACAUUCAGAAGUUUCUGCGAGGACACCGGCCAGCGAUAACGUUAAUUCCUGUGCCCAAGUUGGCGGUUAACUCUUGGCUGUUUGAGAUCGAUGCCGUUGUGGCUGUCCCUGAGCCUUCGCCAGCAACAGACCUUCGCCUCACACUGCCUGCAGUAACGGAGUCGGUAGACGUGGUGGUUAUCGGCGCUGGCCUGUCCGGUUUGACGGCCGCCCGCGAAGUCACGCAGCAGGGCCUCUCAUACAUCGUCCUUGAGGCACACAACCGAGUCGGCGGUAAGACCUGGAGCAAACCUUUGAAAGAGGUGUACGCGCUUGCGAAGGCUGUUGGCGCUGAGCUGAUUGAACAAAACACAACUGGAAAAGUUGUAUUCCAAGGGUUCGAUCGGGAAUGCUCAUCUUUCAGUUAUAGAGAGCUACCAAAUUUCGACGAAGCUACAAAACAAGGCGUCGCCGACAUCCGCGACAUGGUCGAAGCGGAUUGCCAGGCCGUUGUUACGUGGAACCCACAGGACACGAACCUCGAUGCCCUCACGUUCGAGGCUUAUCUGCGGUCGCGAGGAGCCAGCGAGACUGCUGUUGCCACAGCCACAACCUGGACCCGCGCUAUGCUGGGACAGGAGCCGUCUGACAUCUCUGCACUUUAUUUCCUCAAUUAUUGCAAAUCUGGCGGUGGCUUAUUGCAGAUGCGUUCCGAUCGCAAGAAUGGCGGGCAGUACAUGCGCAUUCGCCAGGGCACACAACAUCUGUCACUUGGUUUGGCAGCUUCUCUGUCUGCCGGCACAGGCCGCCUGCAACAGCCUGUUCGCGCAGUCUUCACAGACGGCCCUCUCGGACCAUCAAACGGCGUAAUUGCCGCCCGCAAAGUCAUCACGACGCUGCCUGGUCCAGCACUAAGAGGUAUUACCUUCCACCCCCCACUGCCGCUGUCAAAACAAGCCUGGAUCGACUCGCUGGUCUACGGAUACUACGCAAAAGCUAUGAUGGAGUUCAAGACACCCUUCUGGUCCGAGCGCGGCUUCUGUGGGUUGGUCCAGUCGUUUGCCGGUCCUGCCGGUGUAAUCCGCGACUCUUGCGUUCCAGCGGACAACAAACCCGGGAGGACAUGGUCGGAGUUGUCAACGCGCGACCGAGAGGUCAAGCUGCUCGAGCAGUUGGGCCGGCUCUUCAAUUACGAGGAUGGCAUCCAAGAGGAGUUUGUUCAGUUGAACGUCUAUGAAUGGGUUAAAGACGAGUACGCUGGCUGGGGCUGUCCUUGCACGUCACUCGGCCCUGGCGUUCUCGACACCCUGGAUGGAGAGCCAUUGAUGAAUACAUGUUGGCUGGACGACUCCUUAGAGAGAGCCACUCACAUUGGCCAUGUCGAGAGGGACAUAUACUCACAAGAGGGAAGG